AUGGGCUCGGAUGAUGUCGCCACUGAGAUCGUCUCGGACAAGAGAACCAACGAAAAGCCUCCCAAAUACUCAGAGGUCGCGCAGGAUAUCAAGCCUUCCGAUGCCGAGAAUAACAACAAUCAGUCGCCGCCUGGCGAGCUGAAGCGGAAGCUGAAGAGUCGACACUUGCAGAUGAUCGCCAUCGGCGGUACAAUUGGAACAGGUCUCUUUAUCUCAAGCGGAACGGCCAUCGCGGAAUCGGGCCCGGCAGGUGCUUUGAUUGCCUACAUCUUCGUCGGAACUAUUGUCUUUUCGGUCAUGACAUCUCUCGGAGAGAUAGCGACCUAUAUCCCCACCUCCGGUGCCUUCACCUCAUAUGCGGCUCGGUUGAUCGACCCUAGUCUCGGGUUCUCUAUGGGUUGGAUCUACUGGUUCAACUGGGCCUCAACCUUCGCCGUUGAAUUGACCGCAUGUGGAACGAUCAUACAGUACUGGGAUCCGAGCUUGAAUAUCGCUAUCUUUGUCGGUGCCUUCUGGGUCUUGAUCACGGCUGUCAAUUUCCUACCAGUGAGCUUCUAUGGUGAAAUUGAAUUCUGGUUCUCUACCAUCAAGGUUGCCACCGUGAUUGGCUUUAUGAUCUUUGCGAUCUGCGUUGAUGUCGGUGUGGGUAAGCAAGGCUAUCUCGGUUUUCAAACCUGGUCGGACCCUGGAGCUUUUGCUACGUAUAAGAUUGAUACGCCCGAGUCCGUCGGCAAGUUUGUCGGAUUCUGGGCCGUGCUCAUCCAGGCAGGCUUCUCCUACCAAGGAACAGAGUUAGUUGGUGUCGCUGCUGGAGAAACUGAGAAUCCCCAGAAGACAGUCCCAUCCGCGAUUCGCAAAACCUUCUUUCGAAUUUUGUUGUUCUUUGUCCUGACCAUCUUUUUUAUCGGGCUUCUUGUCCCGUAUACCAAUGGUUCCCUCACUUCUGGCAAAACGGAUGCCUCAGCAAGUCCGAUGGUUAUUGCGGCCGAUCUUGCCGGUGUUAAAGUCCUCCCGAGUCUUAUCAACGCAGUCUUGCUCACAGUUGUGCUGUCAGCGGCCAAUUCAAAUGUCUACAGUGGCAGCCGUAUCUUGACAGGUCUCGCAAAUGAAGGAUUUGCCCCUAAAAUCUUCGGUCGCGUGAAUGCAGCCGGUGUUCCCUACGUCAGCGUUUUCACGACCGCGUUGUUCGGACUUCUCGGUUUCAUGAACGUCUCAGAAAACGCUGGGCAGGUAUUCAACUGGCUCGUCAAUCUCUCCAGUGUGGCGGGUUUUGUGACAUGGUCCUCUAUCAAUGCAUGCCACAUCGCAUUCAUGCGGGCGCUAGCAGCACGCGGCAUCUCACGCGAUACCCUUCCAUACAAAGCCAUGUGCCAACCAUACCUGGCUUGGUACGGUCUCUUUUUCAAUAUCCUCAUUGCAUUGACUCAAGGAUUCACCGCGUUCAUCCCCCAUUUCGAUGUCGCCUCCUUUUUCUUCGCCUAUAUCUGCCCGAUCGUCUUUGUUGUGCUCUACGUUUCCCACAAGGUUAUCACCCGAGCGCCAUUUGUUAAAUCGGCCGAGGCUGAUAUCGAUACUGGCCGACUGCCAUACGAGAAGGAAACCGGUCCGCCAAAGGCAUGGUACUGGAGAGUAUGGGGUUGGAUCACGAAGUGA